AUGGCUGAUCGAUCUAUAACUUCCAUACUCAUAGCUCAAAAAUUAGAAAUCUCAGAGCAGCAAUGGUUAAAAAUAGAAAUUCUUGUCAUUCUUCUUAAGCCAUCGCAAGUUAUUACGUCACUUCUAUGUGGAGAAAAGCAUUCACCGACUUCAAUGGUAAGGCCAUUACUCAAAAAAUUGUUAGACAACCAUUUAAAACCACAGGAUAAUGACGACCAAAGUAUAAAUUAUUUUAAGCAAACUAUUAUUUCUGAUAUUAAAGAACGGUUUAAUCUUGAGUGGGAUUCAGAAAGCAGAGUUUCUAUUCGACAAAUCGCGUCAUUUUUGGAUCCAAGGUAUAAAAAUUUGGAUCACGAAUCCAUAAUUGCACGAGAAAGCAUUCGAUCAUCCGUUAUCAAUUUAUUAAAUAAUACUGAAACUGAUGCACAUAAUGUAAAUACACGACGCGAACCAUCACUUCAAAAAAGUGCACUAGAAUUCCUUUAUGGUGAUGAUGUUACUGAAGUCAACGAUUUGACGACAGAGUUUCAAAAUUAUUUAGCAGAACCUCAAUUAAAGUUCGAUUUGAAUCCAUUUGACUGGUGGAAAUCCAGAGAAGAUAAAUAUCCAGGAAUUGGAAUACUGGCAAAGAAAUAUUUAUCAAUAUCCGCCACAUCAGUGAGUUCUGAACGAUGUUUUUCCAUAGCUGGAAACGUGGUAAAUUCAAAAAGAACAUCACUAUUGACAAAAAAUGUUAAUUUAUUAAUUUUCUUAUAUCAAAAUCGAAAUUUAAUACCAUAA